AUGCAGCAGGGCCAGUUUAUUGCAUGUGAAGACAUUAACCGCUUAUCUAACGCACUCUUCCUUACUAGAUCGCCAGCUCCGAGGGAUUCAGAGCCCAGCACCUUGGACUCCCAGUCUUCGACCACCUUGUUCCUCUCCUCGGAGGAGCCUGGCCCCUCCACUGCGGCCCUGCCGUCUCCCUCCUCCUCCUGCGAGGCGCCGGCCUUUUCCCCGGGCCCCGCGGUGCUGCCCCCGCUCCCGGCAGCCGCGCCCCCCGGCCCCGGCGCCCCGCGCCGUGCAGGCCUUUACUCGGUCGUCGCCUCCUCCCCGGAGGCCGCCCCGCGCCUGGUCGACUGGCUCCCCGGCUGCCCCGCGGCCUCCUCUCCCGGCGCUCGGGGGGAUGAGCGGGAGCGGCCGCCGCCCGUCCUGGCGCCCGUCCAGGGCCGGGAAAGGGGCCGCGCAGCCGGCAGGGAGCAGGGCGCGAAGGAUCCGGGCGCCUCACCGCCACCCCGCGUCCUGCCUGCCGCCGCCGCGAGCCUGGAGGCCAACGUCGGGGACAUCCUGGUGGAGCUGCGGACGAUGAACGGCCACCUGGACGUCAUAGCGAGGGCCCUCACCAAACUGGCCUCGUCCCUGGGGCCCCAGCCUCAGCCCCUUCCGGACACCCCGGAUGCCAAUUAAUGGAGCGUGGCGAGGCUGGGCGACCCCGGGACGAGGGAGUCCCUGAGCGGACCAGGCAUCCCGCCUAUCCUUCCCCUAAGGGCCAAGCACGC